CAGAAUGCGGAAGCGCGGAGUAUCCAUUUGUUUUGGUGUAAUGUUUAGUAUGGUCUCAGUUUUGGCCGUUUUAUCCAACUCUCACACCUCCGAAGCGUUUUGAUUACCUCUCGUACCAUCAGCCCGGGGCAAGAUAUGAGUCUUCCACCGCAAUUGAAAGCAAUCCAACACCAUUUAAGAACAGCGCAGGAACAUGAACAAAGGGACCCAGCUGUGGCGUACUACUGUCGCCUCUAUGCUAUGCAGGCAGGCAUGAAACUGGACAGUAAGACCCCAGAGUGCCGGAAGUUUCUUGUCAAACUAAUGGAUCAGUUGGAAACGAUGAAGAACGCACUGGGUAAUCACGAAUCCAUCACUCAGGAGAUUGUUGGCCACGCUCACAUUGAAAACUAUGCCUUAAAAAUGUUCCUCUAUGCUGACAAUGAAGAUCGAUCUGGACGCUUUCACAAAAAUAUGAUCAAAUCAUUCUACACAGCAAGCCUCUUGGUAGAUGUUCUUUCAGUAUUUGGGGAAUUAUCAGAGGAGAACAUUCAGCACAGGAAGUAUGCAAGGUGGAAGGCAACCCACAUCCACACCUGUCUCAAGAAUGGGGAGACCCCUCAACCAGGCCCCAUUGGAAUGGAUGGGGAACAAUACGAUGAUAUGUUCUCCACAGAAGAUGGACCAUCUGCUCAGGCCCCGUCAUCUCCUCCUCCUCCCGGUUACACCCCUGACCAAGGUCCUCCCACUUCCAACUUCAACAACAUUCAGAUAUCCCCAGGUGCUCACGCUCCUGCCAACACACCUGCAGAGCUGCCUUCUUCAGCAGCAGAGCCCGAAAAGCCAGUGCCAGUCCCCAGGAGCAUGGCAGUAGUGGACCCGUCUCUAAUGAACACGAGCCAACAGGGUGAUGUGCGGCUCACAGCAGAAGACUUUACCCGGGCGCAGAAGUACUGCAAAUAUGCUGGCAGCGCUCUGCAGUAUGAGGAUGUGACCACUGCCAUUCAAAACUUGCAGAAGGCCCUCAAGUUGCUAGCCACCGGCAAAGAAUGAAAGCAUUGUUCAGACUUAUCACUCAUCUAGCUGAAAAGAGCCCCACUACAGAGCCUUGAGCCAGGCCACAGCUGGUUCAGGAAAGAGUGAUUCUCAGAGCACAGAAAAUUACUACAAAUACAAUGGCCACUGUGUCUCAACAUUUAACCUAUUUUAAUGUCUUUCAUAGUAGUCCUUUGCUACUGUAUAGUAUGAAAUGAAGAUUCGGAUGUGUUGCAUGUACUCUGUAUGGAGGUAUGUCUUGGAAGACUAGAUACUCUUUCUGUGAUAUACAAAAUGUUGAAGUCGAACGGCUCUUUGCUGAAAGUUUAAAAUAUGCUUCUAUUCUCAUUCUGUUGAUGUUUAAGCAGUGUGUGUUGCAUUAAAUUAAACCUUAAGAAAAAAAGUUAGUAGAAAUGAUUUGCACUGUACCUCUUAUUUGGCUUUGGAAUUUUAUUCUGACACAAAUAAAAACCUGAAACUGA